CGCGAGUUCGAUCCUCGCCGGGGGCUAACUAUUAAUUCCUGUCUUUUGAUUUUGUUUGCCUCUGGCUUUUACAUUUUGCAGAUUUUGUUUCAGGUACGUUAACUUCUUCAGAUAUUCUCCAAUUAAAUUUGUUCAAUCUUGAAAAAUCAAUAAGUCCAUAUUUUUUAUAAUGGCACUACUACCUUUGGUCCAAAAACCAAACCAACCGUUAAUCCUUUUUCCUUUAUCCAGUCCCAACCCCUUUAACCUAAAGCAAAGCAAAAACAGAAGUCAAAUGUGCCUCCAUUCCCACCACUUCAGUCGAAGAACAAGUCUAAAUCUUGGGGUAACUUCAUUCAUUCUUUUAAGUGAAAAAACUGCGAAUGCCUUUGAUUUCAGAAUCACAGUUCCUGACCAGACAGUUGAAGAAGCAGAGGAUGGGAUUCAAAGCCAUGCAAAGAGUUUAUUACAAGUCAAAGAAUUGUUAGAGGCAGAAACAUGGAAAGAAGCUCAAAAGGCUUUGAGAAAAAGCUCAACUUUACUGAAACAAGAUAUCUACACCAUAAUCCAAGCUAAACCAGGAAAUCAGAGGCCUCAGUUGAGGAAGCUCUACUCCAUUUUGUUCAAUACUGUUUCAAGAUUGGAUUUUGCAGCUAGGGAUAAGGAUGUGCCACGUGUAUGGGAGUACUAUGAUAACAUUGUCCUAGCUCUUCACAAUAUUUUGUCAAGACUAUAAUUUUAUAUAGUCAUGCAAUUAAUUUUUAAAUUGUGGGUCGUUCUUUUUGGAUCAUGUUUUGUUUGUUACUAGAUGUAUGACGUGUGAUAUAAUUACCUUUCAUCCUUGA